GCAAGGAGCAGAAGGAGCAGAUGCUGGCGCAUCGCCAUGUCAAGCUGGUCUCCCUGGCGCGCCUCGUGCAGGAACGCCGCGAACUGCAGGCCCGCCUCCAGGCAGGCAUCAGGCUCAUUGCCUUUCCUUUUGAUCUGACACAAGCUUGCCUGUAUGUGGAACUUCCUCUGGCAGUGAGAGGACAGGCCAAGGCAGGGCCGCCGGAAAGCAUCGGGCAUGCUGGCGCUACAGCAUGGGACCAUGUGUGGUGCUGCAGCAGUACACCAACUUGCUGUGGUACCGUACCACUAUGUUGACAUCCUGUACCUGGCUGUGCGGCAGGCGUGCAACGAGGCGACGGCGAACCCGCGGGAGAACGAGAGCGUGGGCAUGGGCGCAGAGUUCCCGCACCUGCUGGAGGUGGCCGAGCGGCUGCGCGAAAAUGUGGCCCAACUGCACCGCUCCGUAUGCCUUUUCAUGGGCCACACCUGGCGCCAAGUCCUCACUCCCGUCCAGGCCGGAACCUUCAUGGUUCAGGCCUUUCCUUGGACCCCGGACAUGCUCGCGUUGGCAAACACCAUCGCGGCGGAGGCCGGCGCCCCCAGUGUGCAGGACAUCUUUCGCGACUCGCUCAGCACGCAGCCGGGGGCGACCCCCCUGCAGCUUGGCUGCUGAGCGCGUGGCUGCAACAAAAAUGCCUCUGUGUCCAGUGUGUCUGGUGAAGAAGUGCAGUGGUGCGUUUGGUCAAGAAAUGCGGUCAGGGCGGGUGUCUUUGGCUGGAUCAGCGCUCACAAGAAGUGCUCAUGUAUAU